UUGGCCGAAGCAAGUCGAAGGCAGUGUUGUACAGAUCUAUAUGUACAAGUCUCAGUACUCUAUUUCCCAGAGAGAGGAGUUGUCAAAGAACUUGGAGGAGCGAUAGGGAGAGAGAGAAAGAUGGUUAAGGUUCGCGCUGGUGUUCUGCUGGUGCUCGCAGCUUGCUUUGCAUUUCAGCAGCUAUCUGCUUCCGACGAUACGGUGUUUUACGACUCGUUUGAUAACCCAUUCGAAGGCCGAUGGGUCGUUUCCAGCAAGGAAGAGUACCAAGGUGUGUGGAGCCACUCGAAGAGUGAGGGUCAUGAGGAUUACGGGCUUCUUGUGAGUGAGAAGGCCAAGAAGUACGCAAUAGUGAAGGAGCUUGAGAAGCCUGAGAGUCUGAAUGAUGGAACUAUUGUUCUCCAAUUUGAGACUCGUCUCCAGAACGGGCUUGAAUGUGGUGGUGCCUAUCUGAAAUACCUUCGACCCCAGGAGGCUGGAUGGGAGCCUAAGAUAUUUGACAAUGAGUCUCCUUAUUCGAUCAUGUUUGGACCUGACAAAUGUGGGCUCACAAACAAGGUUCACUUCAUUUUCAAGCACAAGAACCCCAAGAGCGGAGAGUACGUUGAACACCAUUUGACGACUCCACCCUCUGUCCCAUCUGACAAACUCACUCAUGUGUACACUGCCAUUCUGAAACCAAAUAACGAGUUGGUAAUUCUGGUUGAUGGAGAAGAGAAGAAGAAGGCGAAUUUCCUAUCAGCUGAUGAUUUUAUGCCACCUCUUCUUCCUACCAAGACAAUCCCUGAUCCAGAGGAUAAGAAGCCUGAGGACUGGGAUGAGAGAGCCAAAAUUCCAGACCCAAAUGCCGUUAAGCCAGAGGAUUGGGAUGAGGACGCCCCAAUGGAAAUUGUUGAUGAAGAAGCAGAGAAACCCGAAGGAUGGUUGGAUGAUGAGCCUGAGGAGAUAGAUGAUCCCGAUGCCACAAAACCAGAAGAUUGGGAUGAUGAGGAGGAUGGUGAAUGGGAAGCCCCAAGGAUCGAUAACCCGAAGUGUGUGACAGCCCCUGGUUGUGGCGAAUGGAAGAAGCCAAUGAAGAGAAACCCAGCUUACAAGGGAAAAUGGCAUGCUCCACUCAUCGAUAACCCCAGUUACAAGGGUAUCUGGAAGCCUCAGGAGAUUCCAAACCCCAGCUACUUUGAAGCUGACAAACCCAACUUUGAGUCUAUCGCUGCUGUUGGCAUUGAGAUCUGGACAAUGCAAGAUGGUAUAUUGUUUGACAACAUUUUGAUAGCGAAAGACGAGAAAGUUGCACAAGCAUACAGAGAGACCGCUUGGAAACCAAAAUUUGAAGUUGAGAAGGAGAAGGCGAAGGAAGAGGAAGAUGUUCAGGGCGCAGAAGGGUUCCUUGUUACUUUCCAGAAGAAAAUAUUUGACCUCCUAUACACAGUCGCAGAUCUUCCCUUUUUAAGUUCCCACAAGUCUAAGAUCAUUGAUCUCAUUGAGAAGGCAGAGCAACAACCAAAUCUUACCGUUGGCAUCCUUGUUGCCAUUGUGGUGAUCAUCUUCACCGUAUUCGUCAAGCUACUCUUUGGCGGGAAGAAACCUGCAAGAGUUGAGAAGAAAACCACCGGAGCCACCGCUGCUUCAAGCAGCAGCUCAGCAGCAGCUAAGGAAGAUGAGAAGGAGAAGGAGAAUGAAGGUACUUCAUCUGAGAGCGAGAAGGAAGGAGCCGCUGCUCCUCGCAGAAGGACAACGACCAGGCGUGAAAACUGAGGCGGAGAAGUAAGAGGAAGCCACAGAUGGAAGUUUUCACUUCCAUCGUCUUCAAAUUUUGAGCCUUAGUGUGUUUUUGUAGGUUAUUCAUGAAUGUUGGCAAUAUUUUUCUUUUCUUUUGUUCUUUUAGCCCUUUAUGUUGAAACACUUAAAAUGCAUGAGGAGUGUAAAUGACGCAUCUAUUAAGCGAUAUUCUAAUGACCAAAACAAAAGAAUUUCUUUGACAGCAUGA